AUUCGCCAAGAUGCAGGUAAUGAACCUACACACCCGCAAUCUACAUCCCAUCAGCCUCACCGACCACGCAAUCGCCUGGCGCGUAACCCUCCCUCCCGCGACCGAAAGCGAGAAACUGAGGCUGGAUCAAGGCGUAGAAUGGUACACCUUCGAAGGCAAAUUCGACCACCUCCUCAACCGAAAACCAUGGCACGACAUCCUGGACGAGGAGCACGCUCAAGGCAUCCUCCUCAUCACCGGAAGCAAAUCAUGCAGCACAGAUCAGCCCCUCAUCGAUCGUCUCAUGUUAGCCGCAGUCCUGGACGUCUCAGCGCGGUACCACCAAACUCCUCGCCCCGCUCUCCGCACCGAAACCGAGUUGAAGAAGGAUAGGUUGUGUGCCCUUGUACUCGAGAGGGAUGCUGAAGUCACGAGGUUACGGGAUCAGUUUGCGGGGAAGGUGGAGCAGACUGUCAGGUCUAAAAUCUUCGAUAUGGCAGCCGUGUAUCAAGACGCUAGCGUGGGCGAAUUGAACUCGUGGAUUCAGUACGCUGAGAAUGCUAUCAACAAUCUCAAGCUAAAACCAACCUUGCCGGAAUGUGAAGUGGUCAAGCAAGGCACACGGCAUGGUAAGGCCAGGAGGACUGAGGAGAAGAAGAGGAAGAGGAGCCGGAGUGAGGAUGAGAUGGAUGUCGAUGAAGAGCCGGAGCAGAAGAAGCAUAAGGUUGGGUGGCUCCGCAUAAUCCAAGCUCUAUAGCCAUAACUCUUGAUCAAAACGGAGGUGUUGAUGGCUGAUGAGUAGUAAUCAAAGUUGAGAACGCACAUCGUUCUCGACCGAGCACAUUGGCUGGGCAUGACAGAGAGCAAGGUAAGGGAUUUUAAUGAUGAGGUGCGGAAUAUGUUGAUAAACAGACA